CCAAGUAGAUGAGGCCUGUCCUUCGCAGAGGCUGUACGCAAAACUGGGCGAACCCAGCGAAGGUCUACCGGGGCGAGUUUCCAUCCCAUUUCGGAUCGUUGGCGUUGUCAUCCUGCUAUCGGAGUGAACCGUUCAGUAGUGAUAAAAUGCAUUCUGUAAGUUUUAGUUCGCGAGUGAUGCUUCCCAACCGUCGUCGAUCGUAAAGUCGAUAGAAUACAGCGUGAACGUGUGGAUAGUCCUUUGAAGUUUGCCCAGGUCGCGCUUCGUUUGACACAUUAAUUAUUGACGAGUCAGGUUGUUAGUCAAACUGGGGCAAACAGGGCGAGUAUUCGCAGUGAGUUAAUUGAUUCGUAUUUGAGACAACCUGAGCUUAAACUGUGCCGGUGCUAACGAGCUACAAUGAAGGACUCUGCGCAGCAUCAUCAGCAGCCAUCAAAUGGCAAGGAUUCGGCGGAUAAGGUUGCAGUCGCGGGCUGCAAUGGAACAACGACGACGAUAGACUGCGAUGGCGCACCGGCUGACUUCGAGACGGCCAUUGCCGCCACUGGGUAUGGCAAGUUCAACUUUCUGCUGCUGCUGGUGGCACUACCCUGUUGCAUGUGCACCGUGUUUGAGACGACCACCAUUUCGUACGUGCUUCCGAGUGCCGAAUGCGAUCUGCAUCUCUCGCUGGUCGACAAGGGAACGCUGAAUGCGGUCACCUAUGGAGGCAUGAUAUCGUCGGCUUUCCUUUGGGGCUUCCUCUCGGAUAUGUACGGCCGCAAGCGUCUUCUGGUGUACGGCUUCUUCCUGGACGGGGCCUUCAAUGUGAUGUGCGCCGUUAGCCAAAAUGUGGUCGCAAUUAUGAUCUUCAAAUUUAUGGGUGGCUUUGUAAUAUGUGGACCGUUUGCGGUGCUGAUGGCCUAUCUGUCGGAAUUCCACAGUUUGCAGCAUCGAUCCCGGGUGAUGAUACUGGUCGGUAUCUUCUACAGCAUCGCCAAUGUCCUGCUGCCUUCGUUGGCUUGGGUUAUCAUCCCGCAGCAUUGGGGUUUUACGUUGUUUGGCGGAAAAUUCGAAAUUCACACGUGGCAAAUCUUCCUGGCGGUGUGCUGUAUUCCCAGUCUGCUGAGCGGCACCAGCGUCAUGUUCCUCCCGGAGAGUCCCAAGUUUCUGAUGGCCCAGGGACGAAACGGCGAAGCGAUGGCCGUCUUCAAGCGGUUGUAUGCCCUCAACACCGGUCGCAGUCCCCAUCAGUAUCCGAUUAAAGAGCUGGUGAAUGAAACUCUAGGUGGUGGUGGUGGCACUACUGGUGGAGAAGGCACAAAAGUUAACGCUACCAGUGCUGGUGAGAGCAAAACUAAUGCCAGCGGUUUCCAGGCUGGAUUGCAGCAAAUUUUGGUUAUGUUCCGACAACCACACCUGAGAAACUCCCUGCAGGCCUAUGGGAUACAGUUUGGAAUUUUGUUUGGACUCAACACCUUUCGGUUGUGGAUGCCCCAACUAUUCACCAUCAUCGACGAGUACGAAUCGGAUCCGGACUCGAUGCAGGAUGGCACCUUGUGUGACAUGUUGGCCUACAAAGUGAACAAAUCUAAUGCUCUUCUUGCUUCAUCGUUGUCGUCGUCGUCGUCGUCGAGUGAUGUAUUCCGGACUCCAGUGCUGAACGGGGGUGGCCGAGUUGGAGCUGGAAGCUUCCUUGAUGACCCGAACGUGCUGGACAUGAGCAAAAUCAUCUUGUGCGAAGCGACAAUCGAGGGCAACAUGUAUCUGAACUCAUUAAUCAUCGGCUCGGUCGGGGUGUGCGCCUAUCUCGUGACCACGGUGCUGAUUAAUUCCAUCGGCAAUCGAAACAUCCUCGUCUACGGGCUGCUAACAUCCGGAACGACCGGUUUGCUGCUGUACUGGUCGAGAAGCUCGCUCGCCAUCCUGGCCCUGUCGUCGAUUUACAUUACCACCGCCAGUAUAGGAUCGACGGCCCUGGUGGGAUCGGUCGUCGCCAUGUUCCCUACAUCGAUGCGCACCAUGGUCGUCUCACUGACAAUGAUGUUCGGCCGGACCGGGUCCAUCAUCGGUAAUCUGCUGUUUCCCUAUCUGAUGUCCUUGGGCUGUUGGCCGCCAUUCGUCAUGAUUGGCAGCAUACAGAUCGUCGUCGCACUGGUCUCGCUAACCAUUCCCAGGACGUUGAAAAAACCACUGCAGUAAUUUGUUUGGCGUACCUUCAGUCCCAUUCGUCGCAAGGAAACUCCAUCGACUGGAAGAUGACUGCACAAGUUUGUAAGUACCUAGAUUCGUAGAUGUACAGAGUGCGAAAGUGAUAUACGAUGUAAAGUAAACUAACUUAUUUAAUCCUUGGAAACUCGAA